CUGGUGUGUAUAUAUACCGGUGGGGGACCCUCACGACAGACAUACUCAUACACUGAACACGUCGUUACACCGCUCCAGUAGCCAAGCACGAUGAAGCUCCAUAACAGUAUCCUGAUUGGCGCAACUCUACUUGUGUGUUGCCAAUCUGCGUUUCUCGGGAGUUUGUGGCAGGACCUAGGACGGGAGUUUACCAACAUGGGGAAGAGCAUGGCCAAAGAUCUGAUUAAUGUUGGACUUAAAGCUGUCAAUCAGACCAUGAACAUCGGCUGCAAAACUGCAUGUCCCAGACUCUGUGAAGACAAAGUCGGCAUGUACUUCUGUCCCUUCGUCUGUGUGCCCCUCUGUAACCGAGGAAAGCGUUCAAUCAGAAAGGGCAGCGAUUACCGCGGACAUCUCAUGCCCAUGCCCAACAAGUUCUCGGCCUAUGAUCUCAACGAUGAUGGUGUGGUCAGUCUCAAGGAAUUCGCCUUCGUUACUGGGCACACGAUGGACCAGGCUGACCUCAAGACGGUCUUCCAACUGGCUGACAGGAAUGGAGAUAAUAUCCUCACAUCUGGCGAACUUUAUGGAGGACCGUUUGUUUUCGAGAUGGAUGUCAACGAUAACGAUUACCAGUACUGCCAGUACAUAGUAAACAGAAGGGCAAAGAGCGUUCAGCAGGAACACUCCCAGUCUGUCAAGACCAAGGCUAUUAACCUGAAGAAGGAUAUUACCAAUAAGCUCUAAAUCCGAGAUCCAGGAUUCCUUCGUCACCACUCGCACCGUCAUUCGCUUGUCCCAUAAUGACACGAGUGGUCAAGGAUGGUGCAGCAUUCCAUUGCACUUGCUGGAUAUGUCUCCCAUUGCACCUCUUGGAUAUGUCUCCCAUUGCACCUCUUGGAUAUGUCUUCCAUUGCACCUCUUGGAUAUGUCUCCCAUUGCACCUCUUGGAUAUGUCUUCCAUUGCACCUCUUGGAUAUGUCUUCCAUUGCAGCUCUUGGAUAUGUCUUUCUCCAUGCUGGCAUAGCUUUGUCUAUACCUAUAUUUUCGUUUAUAUUGCCAUAUCAAAAGUUCGAAUUGGUGAAAUUUACAAUAUAGUAAAUUUCACCAAUUCGAACUUUUUGACAUGUUGAAUCUUUAAGGGUCUUUUCUUUAAUCAAAUAAUCUUUCGGUAAAAAAACCCAUGCUCGAAUUAAUACUACUAUAUUUUAAAAAAUAGAACGUAGUAAUAAGUAAUAAGACGUGAUAAGUAAACAUUUUAUUAGUAGUGAAAUAGAUUUAUGUAAAAGAAAAAAGGACUGUUCUGUAAGUAAUUUACCUGUAAACCAAGCAAUUGAUAAAACAUUCAAAGAUGUUUUUUUUGGACAGAGCUUUGAAAGCAAAACCUAGGAUAUUAUUUUUCUUCAAGCACAUUGCCACAAACAAUUAUUUUUUAUGCAAUUGUUAGUUAUUGGGACAUGUUUUGUGAAAUAACAUGUCCAAUUC